UCGGCGUUGCCGCCGGCCAAUUGGGUGACUCUGACUCCCUCGGCGCUGUCGCCGCCGCGCUUGAUUGCUCAGGCGGCCCCCCAAGGUCAAGGUGCGGUUUUCUUUUCUUUUUUUCCCCAUUCUGCCGGCCAAUCGUGCGUAGAUCGUCCCGUGUAAUCCCUCCUCCUCGUCGCGCGCUUGGGGCCGCGUCAUCAACAAUGAUGCCGAGUUCCUCCUCCUCCUCCUGCUGCCGCGGCGGACAGUUCCACGGAGCUUCAUCCGGCGCGAUGGCGGCAAAUCGGUCGACGAGAGGGCCUCGUCCUUUACUCACCAGAGUGUACGCUGAGAAGAGAUUGGGAGUAGGGGGCAAUGCAUCGAUCCUGCAAGACAUGCACAGGAAGGAGCUCCAGGAUAGGAUAAGGGAAAAGCUCCAGACAGUAGAGUUAUCAACGUCUUCGUACGACACGGCAUGGGUGGCCAUGGUGCCACUGCGGGGUUCCCGUCAGCACCCGUGUUUCCCACAAUGUGUGGAGUGGAUAUUACAAAACCAGCAGGACAAUGGAUCUUGGUGUACAAACAGAUUUGGCUCGGCGGUCACCAGAGAUGUUCUAUCGUCUACAUUGGCAUGUGUUCUUGCACUCAAGAGAUGGAAUCUUGGAGAGGAUCACAUUAGGAGAGGACUAAAUUUCAUUGGAAGGAAUUUCUCGAUUGCCAUGGAUGAGCAAUUUGAUGCUACUGUAGGUUUCAACAUCACUUUUCCUGGUAUGCUUAGCCUUGCCAUGGAGAUGGAUUUGGAAAUUCCUGUCAGACAGACAGAUAUGGAUAGACUUCUUCGCCUCCGGGAGACAGAACUCAAAAGAGAGUCUGGAGAUCAAUGUUAUGGAAGAAAGGCAUAUAUGGCUUAUGUCUCAGAAGGAUUAGGAAACCUGUUGGAUUGGGAUGAAAUUAUGAUGUUCCAGAGGAAGAAUGGAUCAUUUUUCAACUGUCCUUCCACAACCGCUGCUACAUUAAUCAACCAUUAUGACAAUAAAGCCCUUGAAUACUUAAAUUUGCUGGUCAGUAAAUUUGGAAGUGCAGUACCACCAGUGUAUCCACUAAAUAUAUAUUGUCAACUUUCAUGGGUGGAUGCACUUGACAAGAUGGGAAUUUCAGAGUAUUUUGCCACUGAGAUAAAGAGCAUCUUAGACACAACAUACAGUUCAUGGUUAGAAAGAGAUGAGGAAAUAAUGCUGGACAUAACAACAUGUGCAAUGUCUUUUCGUAUUUUAAGGAUGAAUGGGUGUCAUGUUUCCUCAGCCGAGUUGUUUCAUAUUGCUGAAUCUUCCAGUUUCCAUGAAUCACUUCAAGGAUAUAUAAAUGAUAGAAAAUCAGUACUAGAAUUAUACAAGGCUUCAAAAGUCAGUUUAUCAGAAAAUGAUUUGAUCUUAGAUAGCAUAGGCUCUUGGUCAGGUAGCUUAUUGAAGGAAAUGCUGUGCUCUAAUGGGGUGCAAAAAACUCCAACCUUUGAAGAGAUGGAGUACGCUCUUAAGUUUCCCUUCUACACCAUAUUGGACCGUCUAUAUCACAAGAGGAACAUUGAACAUUUUGAUUCAAAGGACUCCCAGAUGUUAAAGACAGAAUACCUGCUUCCUCAUGGCAAUCAAGAUAUUCUAACUUUCGCUAUUAAAGAUUUCAGUACCUCUCAAUCUAUAUACCAGGAUGAACUUAAUUAUCUUGAUAGUUGGGUGAAAGACGAAAAACUUGAUCAGUUACCAUUUGCACGUCAGAAGUUGACAUAUUGCUAUCUUUCUGCUGCUGCUACCAUAUUCCCCCCUGAAUUGUCUGAUGCUCGCAUUGCAUGGGCUAAAAAUGGUGUACUGACAACUGUUGUCGAUGACUUCUUUGAUCUUGGGGGAUCAAAAGAAGAAUUAGAAAACCUCGUUGAUUUAGUUGAGAAGUGGGAUGGACAUCAUCAAGGGGAGUUCUACUCAGAACAGGUAAAAAUAGUCUUUUGUGCUCUUUAUACUACAGUGAACCAGCUUGGAGCAAAGGCUUCUGCAUUACAAGGCCGUGAUGUCACGAAACACCUAGUAGAAAUAUGGCUCUGUCUGUUGCGGUCUAUGAUGACCGAGGCUGAAUGGCAGAGGAUCAAAUAUGUGCCAACGAUGGAAGAAUACAUGGGAAAUGCUGUCGUCUCAUUUGCACUGGGACCUAUUGUGCUCCCCACACUGUAUUUUGUAGGAUCAAAGCUUCAUGAGGAUAUUGUCAAGAGUCAUGAGUACAACGAAUUAUUUAGACUGAUGAGCACAUGCGGGCGUCUCCUGAAUGACAGUCAAGGCUUUGAGAGGGAGGACAUGGAGGGAAAACUGAACAGUAUUUCACUGCUUGUUCAUCACAGUGAUGGUUCUAUGUCCAUAGAGGAGGCCAAAAGGACAGCCCAGCAAUCCAUAGACACUUCUAGGAGGAGCUUGUUAAGAUUGGUUCUUGGGGAACAGGGUGAUGUUCCUGGGCCAUGCAAGCAGCUGUUCUGGAAGAUGUGCAAAAUUGUUCACAUGUUCUACUUUCGGACCGAUGGAUUCAGCUCGCCGAAGGAAAUGGUUAGCGCAGUGAAUGCAGUCGUCAAGGAGCCACUUAAGAUCAAAGUUACCGAUCCAUAUGCAUCUAUUUUGUCGGGAAAUUAAGUGCUACCUCCGUUCAGUUGUUGUAUCAGAGAUAUCAGAAACGAGCUUUAUACGGGAAAUUAAGCUGUGGAUCGUUUGAGACAGCUUUAGACAGAAAUAAUUUUUGGAAAAAACUAUAGCCGGGAGAAACUUCUCCAAGCAGACCCUGCUCUAGCAUGCAUACGAGGGAAGAGGUGACAUGAAGUUAGAGGGACAGGUAGGGGCCACAUGUUGGUCCCACUUUUAAAAUUUAUUUAAUUUAUCUAUUUGGUUGAGUAUACUGCCAUGUAAUCGACGUGUAAACAUAAGAGUCGAAUAAAUACCAACUCAAUGUCCACGUAUGCGCCACGUAGACAAAACAGCAAUCGAAACCGUUUAGGGAGUCUGAUUUACACCGAUAUUAAUAUUUGAGGAAGACACUAUACCCAGUUUUUGUGCUUGGAAAAUACAAAUCAAACUCAAGCCAUUGUCGAGAGAGUCAAGACAUACUUUUUCCUUGCUAGCACUAUGGGAACGCCACCGAGCCAGUAGCGAGAGGCCACCACACCAGCAUCGGCACCUGCGGGCGUGCAUUGCCAGCAUCAAUGUGAUUCUGGAAGGACCCAAAUGGCAAUGAUAUCAAAUGUAAAAGAGUAAAUUUUACUUUGGCUACCUUCUAUUAUCAAAUUUAACUUUUAACUACACUUAAGU